AUGUUUGGGCAAAUUUGGGGUGCAUUGGACCCAGCUAUAUAUGCAGCUGGUUUUCGUAAAUCGGGGAUUUAUCCCCUUAAUAAAAAUGCCAUCUUAGAAAAUAAGUUCAAUCAAGUUCUUUUGCGAGAAUGGAAACAUAAUUCAACGUGUGAUGCUACAAAUAUUAUCGAAGACCCAAUUAAGCAAGUACUGAAUGAUGUGCCGCUGUGUACUGAGCAGCCCAAAUACAGCCCGGAGUCGUUGCUAGCUCUCUCUCUAAAAAGCAUCGACUUGACUCUAUAUAUUCCUAUAUUUUCGGAUUUCCCACAGAAUUCGACAGAAGAAUAUAGUGGUAACUCUUUGAACCAGCUCAGUUACGAAUCAACGAGCUCAGUAAACAUCAGGAAGCCCAAAAAUCAAAUUCUAGAAAACAGAGUUGUCAGGUUCGAAGAUCUACUAUUAUCGAGAAUAAAAGCAGGGACCAGCUCCAAAACUAAAAGAAAGCGUAUGGCAACUGGAGCAGAAGUAAUAACCCGUGACGAUGUAUUAAUAACUUUGGAGAAAAUAGAUAAGGAAAAGUAA